AAAUGGAUGUGAGAGUUCAGCAGACAAUUGAUUUCGGUUUCAUAUGGUAAAGUUAAAAAUUAUUUAUUUACUUAUUGAGAAUUGAUUUAAUUCAUUUUAACUGUGUAUUUGCUGCUUUAAAUAUUUGGUAUGUUGUCAAAGUUUCAAUUUUAAUGCGUGACAUUGAAUUAUCCUCUGUAUCUAUGUUGAAGGUCUUAUAAUCAAUUGAUAACGAACGGUUUGGUGUUAAGCUAUGAGGAAUUGUAUUGAAGAGUAAAGACUAUCGGCUUUAUCAGGAGUUUAUAAUCAUUUAAAUUUGUGAAGAUCAUGGCUAGUUUUGUUGAUCAAUCACCUAAAAAAUCUCCAUUAUCUCCUUCCAAGAUAUUUGUAGCCAAUAUUGACUCUCCAGCCAGUACUGAGGAUUAUUCAAGCAUCAGAGGAAAGAAUUGUUUAGUGAGCCCGUCCGAGGAGCAAUAUGAUUUGCUGCAAAGGAGAAUGAAACAGAGAUUAGAGGAUGGAAGAGGAGAAACCAUAUUUGAUGUGGGCGCUGGUGAUGAUGAUGGCGAGAGCGGAUUGAAGGAGGAUGAAUAUGAAGCUUCGGUAGCCACUCUGCAGUCACUGGCCACAACACUGGAGGCCGACUGUGUGCUGUUGAGGCAGCGGAAGGUCGACCACGGCUUGAUAGGCCAAUACUUGGUCAGGAGGCGAGUUGUGCAACAAGAUUUCUUGGAAAUCAGGGUUGCAGUAGUUGGUAACGUGGAUGCAGGAAAGUCAACUCUGCUUGGAGUGCUGACUCACGGAGAGUUGGACAAUGGCAGGGGACAUGCCAGGCAAAAACUGUUCAGACACAAACACGAAAUGGAAUCUGGAAGAACAAGUUCUGUAGGAAAUGACAUCCUCGGAUUUGAUAGCGUUGGUAACGUUGUCAAUAAGCCUGAACAUGGGUCACUGGACUGGGUGAAAAUUUGCGAGAAAUCGUCGAAAGUAAUAACGUUCAUAGAUUUAGCCGGCCACGAGCGUUAUCUGAAAACAACAGUAUUUGGAAUGACUGGACAUGCGCCAGACUUCGGCAUGCUAAUGAUUGGAGCCAAUGCGGGUGUAGUUGGAAUGACCAAAGAACAUCUGGGGUUAGCGUUGGCACUGUCAGUUCCAGUAUUCGUGGUGGUCACCAAAAUAGACAUGUGCCCUCCGAACGUGCUGCAAGACACUCUGCGUCUGCUCACAAGGAUAUUGAAAUCGCAUGGCUGUCGCAAAGUUCCUGUCAUGGUUAAAACCAAGGACGAUGUCGUUAUUAGCGCUACCAAUUUUGUCUCCGAAAGGUUAUGUCCGAUAUUUCAAGUGUCCAACGUGAAUGGUGAAAAUCUAGAUCUGUUGAAAAUGUUUCUGAACUUGUUAACGACGCGGAUGGCUUCCAGCGACAAUGAGCCUGCCGAAUUCCAAAUCGAUGACACCUACUCUGUUCCGGGUGUAGGGACCGUAGUUUCGGGCACGACACUGAAGGGCGUGAUCAGAUUAAACGAUAUGUUGAUGCUGGGUCCAGACCCGCUCGGCCAUUUUGUGCCCAUUGCCGUCAAAAGUAUACAUCGGAAACGAAUGGCAGUCAGGGAGGUGCGAGGAGGACAGACGGCGUCUUUUGCAUUAAAAAAGAUCAAGCGAUCACAGAUCAGAAAAGGCAUGGUGAUGGUCUCUCCAUCGUUAAACCCGACUGCAUGCUGGGAGUUUGAAGGCGAAAUUCUUGUACUGCAUCAUCCAACCACUAUUAGUACGCGCUAUCAAGCAAUGGUGCAUUGUGGCAGUAUCAGACAAACAGCGUCGAUCCUGACGAUGUCAGAGGAGUGCCUGCGCACAGGCGACAAGGCGGUGGUGCACUUCCGCUUCAUCAAGCAUCCCGAGUACCUGAAGGCCAACCAGCGCAUGGUGUUCCGCGAGGGGCGCACCAAGGCCGUCGGUAACGUGUUGCGCAUUCUGCACGCGGCGCCGGGCGCGCAGACGGCGCGCAUCAAGCCGAACAAGAUGCUGCCCAGCAUCAGCAACUCGCAGAACUCGGCACCGCCCACUCAGGGCCAGGGCUCAGUAUCGUCGACCGCCAACAACGGCUUGGAGUCGGUGUACGAUGUGAACGGAGUUGGCGCCGCCGAUAAGCGGGAGCAGCGAGGGUCGGGAGGCGGCGGCCAAGGGGGUGGCACGGCCAAGAAGAGCCGCGGGAGGCGGGGCGGCAGGGGAAGGUCGGGAGGCGGCGCCGCUCCCAAGCCGCUCGCAGAGAUGAACCAGAAUGCUGCCGCCCCCACCACGCGAACCGCCACCAAAGUCUAGAGUCAAAAGCUGCAAGUUGAGGAAGUGAUUCUAUCAAAGAUGGUGUCUGGAUUUACUGGAAGUAUCAUUUGUCUAUGGUUGAUGUAAGUCUUUGGACGAUGAUGUUAAAAGAUGAAGAAAAUAAAGGCGGAAGCGAUUCUAUCAAAGAUGGUGUCUGUUAAAAGACGAACAGGAUUUGCUACAAGUAUCAUCUAUCUAUGGUUGAUGUAAGUCUUUGGACGAUGAUGUUGAAAAUAAUCAUUGUCAUCGGUUGUUAUAAUUCUUUAGCUGGUAAUGUUAGAAGAUGAAGAAAAUAACUUUCUGUUGAAACUAUCAGUACUAUUUAAAAAUAUCAUCAAUCAUUCAUGUUUUUCUCAUUGCGCUCAUCUUGAAAGACAAAGGUUUUGUUGUUUUGUAUGUGUAUAUUUUUUAAUAUGAAUCCACUUGGAGUAAUAACGUGCAAUUAGUAGUACUAUCUAAGAAUCUAUCUAAUAAUUUUCAAAUGGGGAGCUCUAAUAAUCAUUUUUUCUGUUGCGGUUUGUGCUGAAACAUAACAUUAAUCAUAAUAAAAUAUGAUUCAUCAGUUGGUUGAUAUUUUUUUAAAUUCUUCGAAUAACAAUACACUAAAAUGAAUAACGUACCGGUAUAUCAACAGUACGAUAAGUGUUUGAAAUCAUGUAUCAUACUCAUGUGUGAAUGAGCCAAACCAUACAUUUGUAUUAUCCUUUGUGGGUACGAAUUUGUAAACGCAUUAUUUGGUAAUCUAAGUGUUCUUGUUUCUAUGCUAUAAACUUACGUAUCAUCUAUGUAACUUAAAUGUGACAAGUAAAGAGCAUAAAAU